AUGUUUGCUGAGGCUGAGAUUUUAGAUUCUGUGAGAAGGUUUAGACUUGAGUAUCAUUGGUUACCUCCUAGGUGUUCACAUUGCAAGAUUUUUGGGCAUAAACUUGAAGAUUGUAGCGUGAGACCAAGGACACAGAAAGAAAUGGAAGCCCGUAUGGCUACUGUAGCUCCAACAUCACAUGUUGGUCCAUCAGGGACCAAGGAUGGCCCAUCUGGGGCUAAACAGGUUGAUCCACCAGAGGCCCAGAGACCACUCCAGAUUAAUACAGCUAAUACUACAGUUCCAGACAUUCAUUCAGGUACACAGGCUACUACAGAUCAUGAUUUUAUUCUUACCCCUCCUGCACCUGGUGUUGAGACUAGCAACCAGUAUGAUGCAAUUACUCAGAUUAACACUGAUGAGGUCAGCACUCCCUCAGUUGAGCUUAUUGUUCAUGCGAUUGAUGAUUUUGAGGAUGAGUCUGAUAGCGAUGAGGUUGAAUCCAUUGAAGGUUACACUGAUCCGUUCAUGUAG